AUGGUGACAAUACAAGAGCAAUCAGUUCUUACUGACGUGGCCCUGCUCAAGGCUAACCCUCGAGAAGAGAUCACUGAGGAUGUGGGAGCUAGAGCAAGUGUGGUGAAGAAACCAGAUGGAGUCGGCGCCAGCGGGAACGGCGGCAGCCAGGCGGCACCUGGGGCUGGCGGGGACCCGCGUGAGGCGCGAAGCAACGCCUUGACCUCCGGGGAGGAGGAGCAGGCACCGGCGGAACCGACGGCUGAAGUUCCGGACGCCGGGGGCCGCGCGAGCGAGGAAAUACAGGUUCUGAGAGAAGGGCGUGAAGCUGUGGGUUACGGUUCCCAGCAUGAAGGUGGACAGAGGGUGUUGGAAGUUGAAAGUAACACAGCACACAGACCUGACUGGGAGGCAGGAAAGCCCUCCGAAUCAAGGAACGAGAGACAUCUAAAUGGGGCAGACGUACCGUUUUGUGUGGAAGACUUACUUCACUUGCUUUCAUCACAGCCUGAACAGUCGCUGGAGGGCAUCUCACUGGCAGAUACUCCUCUCCCCAGCGGCAGCAAUGAUGGCAUGAACUCAACACACAAUGUAAAUCUCAGCCACGCUAUCAGCCAAGACGUGAGUCUCCGUGAGGCCAUGUUGCUGUGUCCCACCCGUACGUUUAGAAGAGACCCAGUAGCAAGGGCUUCACAGCCAGAAGAGUCAUCUCUGCAGUUAAAUUUUCCUACCAAUCCCGAGCAAACGCUAAAUGGAACCAAUUUUACAGGUUUUCUCCCACCUGUUGACAAUCAAAUGAAUCUAAGCCAAGACUUUCUGUAUGACUUUGACGUAAACCAAGUAUUUGAUGAGAUAAACUUAAUGUCUUUGGCUAUGGAAGGCUUUGAGCCAGUGGAAGUUUCACCGCUUUUCGAAGCACCAGAUUCUGAUUCUGGGCUUUCUUUAAAUUCAAGUCACUACAGCACCUCUGUUGCCAAGCCUAAUUCCUCUCACUUGGUGUAUGAUGAAGGGGCUGUCGGUUAUAGCAGUGACCGUGAGUCUUUUUCCAAUCAUGAUUUAGGAGCUGUAGGUGGCUACUCCCUAGAGCCUGUUGGUCAGAUGGAUCACAGGAGUGAUUCUGGUUUCCAUGAGGAAAUUGCAUUUCCACACAUACUUCACAACCACACUUACCAUUUACAGUCAAUACCAGAAUCAACUUCUGAACCUUUUUCAUGGAUGUCCCAGAAAAUAAGGGUCCUCAAUGACACAGAUAGAAACUUAAGCCGUGAUGAGCGGCGUGCUAAAGCUUUGCAAAUUCCCUUUUCUGUAGAUGAAAUUGUCCGCAUGCCUGUUGAUACAUUCAACAGGAUGCUAACAGGGCAUUAUUUGACAGACUUACAAGUAUCUCUUAUCCGCGAUAUCCGACGAAGAGGGAAAAAUAAAGUUGCUGCUCAGAACUGUCGUAAACGCAAGCUGGACAUAAUCUUGAAUCUAGAAGAUGACGUGUGUAACUUACAAGCAAAGAGGGAAACUCUGAAGAGUGAGCAAGCCCAGUGUAACAAAGCUAUUACUAUCAUGAAACAAAAACUGCAUGAUCUUUAUCUUGAUGUCUUCAGCAAGUUAAGAGACGACCAAGGUAGGCCAGUCAAUCCAAACCAGUUUGCUCUUCAGUGCAGCCACGAUGGAAGUGUCUUGAUUGUCCCUAAGGGACUGGUGACCUGUCACAAAAGGGAAAACCGAAAGGGAAAGCGGGAAAGUGAGCGGAGGAGCCUGAGGAUGCACCCCCUCCCCACGGGACAAAGUACUGAUGCUGAGAAACUGGCGAGGCUCUGCAUCACCACCACUGAGACAAAUCGAGCUUUCUGACUUGAGACUUUUAUGUAUAGUGUUCAAUCUUCAAGCACUGCUACUAUAGUCACCCAUUUUAAACCGUGUACGGACAGAAAGUGUAAGACUUCAGGGGAAUUUGGGGGAGAAGCCACUUUUCACGCUGUACUGCAAUGCCCCAUAUGCAACUCAAAUAGGACAUGGAUACUGUACAUGACUACCACUUUGGUAGAAAUUUCCAGUUAACGUGGUCACUUGGAAAAAAACACUACACUGCAUAUCUAAAUGAUUUUAAAUGUUUCAUGACUUGAAAUGUAAGUAGCCUUCACAUUUUCAUGUAGUCUGUUACAGCAUUGUAGUCCUGGUUUUUCAAAAAGCAAAUUCAUUCUUAUGCUUACAGCUUUCCGUGGAAAUAAAUUUUGUAUUUGAGCUCA